ACAAGAAGCGUUCUUUUCUAAAACUUACUGGCAGACGUACUUUCAACAUCAAGGUACCCAGUAUAACUGUUUGGCCUUUAAAGUGAUACAAUUUGUCUAAUAAGAGGAUGCCAAGUGUUGAGCAACUGGAAUCUACAAAGAUGUCUGUACCGAAAGAAACAUCUAUCCCAGCUUCGGAUGCUGGUCCGAUUGCUGCUUGUAUUGAAGCAUCCAAAGAAAAUUCGCCACCGGCAGCUGUUGAGCAGCAACAGCCUAGCGCUCAUAAUAUCAACAACGAUAAAGAUGCUCUUAGUCCUGUUCAACAAAUGUGUUUGAUAAUUGAGCACAAGAUUCGUAACCUUGAGAAACGGAAGAAUAAGCUCGACUCUUACAAACUACUUGAAGAGGAAGGAAAGCUGCUUUCCAAUGAUCAAAAGAUGGCAAUUUUGAAGUACGACGAAUGUGUAACAUCGCUAGAACUAGCUCGUGAGUUUUGUAAACAAUUCUCCGCUAUAGCUACGGUGGCGACCCGAGAUGCCAAAAGGCAAGCGAAGAAGAACGCGUAUCUCAAGGUGCAACAAGAGAAUGCAAAGAUACGGGAAUGUCUAGUGGUGCUAGAUACCGUGAGUCGCUUCACUGCUGAUGAAGUUCGUGAAGAUUUUCUCAAUGGCACCAACGGUGCGUGUCAACUAGCUGAAACGGAUGUUGAGCUGGUGAUGAUGGUUCUCGAGCAAACUAAGCCAAGGCGCCCUAUGAAAAGCACAGAUGUACCAUUUUCCAGUUCUAUUAGAAGCGCUGCUGAGAUUCUUUCCGGGAUCGUGGAUGGAAGAGCUAAAGCUUUUGGGAGCUCAAACUAUGCACACGUAAAAUCAAUCAUGAGCAGAAUUGAAAAUUGUGGCUACUUCGAAAAACACGUUACACUCGAGGAGACAGAGUUUCAAUCACCGAAAGAAGACCAAACAGAAAAGAAUGAAAUAUGUUUGCCAGUCGUAGGAGAAACUCCAAUGAGCAUGAACGAACAGAAAUGUGUACAGAAUCAGCAACAUAUUUUUGCGGAGGCUCCUGCGGCAACUGCUGUGCCAACACCAUCGUUUCCGUUGCAAUCAAAUGAGCACACAAAUGUGUGCGCUCCGCACCCUGUGGUUCCUGCAAUCCAGCCUCAACCAUCUCCAGUGAAUACACUCGUUACUACGGAGGAAAGUAUGCAAUCUGCCGUCGUUAUUCCUCCUCCUAAUAUCAAUCUACCAGUAGUUGCACCAAUAAAUCCUGGUUUGCAACUACCUCCAACACCAGUCGCUGCCACUACAGUCCAAGCUGUAGAAAAUGCUUAUUUUAAUCAGCACUAUCUUCAAAAUCACCUGAGACCAUUGCACGAAGUGCUGGGAAACGCUAAUUUUUUCUUUUUGCAAGAGUCGGAAAUUGAUAAACCCGACAUUCUGCCAAUGCAUAGCACUUACGUAUCGAUCGACCAAACUACUCCUAAUAUACCGCUGAAUGCUGCAGGACACGAAUUUCAGAAAUUCGCAGGUGUGCAGGAUCCACAAUUGAUGAUGUCCGCGAAACCUCCCAUGCCCAACCCCCCCCCGCCACAUUCCGAUUUAGUACCAAAUGUAGCUAUUUCGAAUGGUUCCAAUAGACCAAUGACCAACCACAAUGAGUUGCCAAACGAAGCUCAAAUCAUACAUGCACAACCGCUCACCACUUCUACAUCUAAUCAAAGUGGUUUAAAGGAUUUGCAAGUCUUACCAGGAGCUUUGCAACAUGUUCCAAAUCAACAACCUGUACUAAUGCACAUGGCCAGCGUAUCCUAUGGCCAACAGCACCCACACGCAUUGAUAAGUGCAAAUGAUAAUGAACACGAACGCAAUCAUAUGCCUGCAUUCCUAUCUUCUAAUGCGAUCGUUUCGUCGACAUUGCCUCUGACUCGAGUACAAGAGCCGAACAAUCUUCCUGGAGCCGCACACGCUUCAGUACAAACACAUAAACCACAUGGAGUGCCAGGAAACCAAGUUCUCGCUCCAGAAAAUGCACCUCUACAAAUGAUGAAUAACACAGCUAUUGCUAUCGAUAACAAUAUUGUUGCCCAUAUUCAGAUGCCGAAUAUGCGUGCCGAUUAUGGUAUGAAGAAUAAUAAUCCGGAUUCUCUCAAUGUAAGCUCGAAAGAUCAUAAUCAAUCAUCUGGAAAAGAUGGUUUAUUAGGGGUCAAAUCUCUCAAAACUAACGAAAAAAAUACAUUGGAUUCGAAUACUUCCACCGGAACAUUCCCGAUGAAGUGUGAUGCUCAGACAAACAGGAAAAAGUCAUCUGUGGCGAAAGGAAAUCUGGAUGAACGAAAAGGAUGGGUCAAAGUUGCAGGAGCCAGCGAAAACCUUGACAAGAAUGAUCAAUGGCCCUCACCAGCCUCAAGCUCGGCUAAAGCGCAAUUAAAAACUGAUGAUGGUAGUGUAGGUCGUAAUAGUUUCCAUCGCACUCGUCCGUCAGGAAAUGGGCAUGCUGCUCGCAAUGAAUCAGGAGCAGGGAUGCUACCAUCUGAACAAAAUAACUCAAACGGGGGAGCUGCAAGUGCAAAAUUGGCGAGCGGAUCUGCAGCUGCACAGAAUGUAGGGUCUAAUAUUUCUCAUACUUCACCGCAUGCAGGAGGAUAUCGCAGCAAUCGUUCUUCAAAUACGCAGUAUUCCCAAAAUGGGCUUAACAAUGGACGUUUCAAUUCAGAAAAUGGCAGCUCGGGCGGAAAUCCACCCACAUUUUUCAAAAACAAUGAACGAUUUUAUCAAAAUAACUAUGGUGCACAUCGUGGAGGUGCAUCGUUCAAAGGUCGGUCUGAACAUCUUAGUGGAAAUGCCGGAACUCGACUAAAUAACAGCAGUACUUACACCACGAACAGUUCAGUCGGAGCUGGAAAUGGCGCCACAGCGGCGGGAGCCCAGGACUAUCGUAAUACACAAAACAUGCGUCCCAGAAAUAAUAAUAAUAGAAAUAAUGGUGGCUUACUGACACGUUCGCAACAACGCAACAACUCGGAAAAUAUGGCAUUCCCUAACCAAUCGCGAAAAGACUCAAGUGCUCGUACUCAGUCAGGUGUGAAUGUUUGAAUUAAAAUCUCAAAAUAAUCAGUUUAUACGAUUUGCUAAACAAUCAAUGAUAUCUUCAUUAAUAACAAAACAUGAAAUAAUAAUUCGAAUAAUUUGAACUGCUAGUUAGGAUUUAUUCGCAAAUUUAUCCCACUUCGGUAACGUAGUGGGUAAGUCAUUUCCAUCUUAUUGGGUUAUUAAAUUAAUAUUAAACUGCUUUGUGUCUCAUUGAAUAUAUUAGCGGCAUAAUUCUGCCAUUCGCAAGGUAGGAAUUAAUCCAAAUGGAAUAUACUGCUACGUAAAAUGACAUGACGUAUUAAUAUAA